CUUCCUGUGUGGUUUCAGAUACCAAAAGCACCAUGGAUCUGGGGAAACCAAUGAAAAGCGUGCUGGUGGUGGUUCUCCUUGUCAUUUUCCAGGUGUGCCUGUGCCAGGAUGAGGUCACCGACGACUACAUAGGCGAUAACACCACAGUGGACUACCGGCUGUUCGAGUCCGUGUGCUUCAAGGACGACGUGCGGGCCUUCAAGGCCUGGUUCCUCCCCAUCAUUUACGGCAUCAUUUGCUUCCUGGGCCUGCUGGGCAACGGGCUGGUCAUCCUGACCUACAUCUACUUCAAGAGGCUCAAAACCAUGACCGACACCUACCUGCUCAACCUGGCCUUGGCGGACAUCCUGUUCCUCCUGACCCUGCCCUUCUGGGCCUACAGUGCUGCCAAGUCUUGGAUAUUUGGUGUCCAAGUCUGCAAACUCAUCUUCGGCGUCUACAAGACGAGCUUCUUCAGCGGCAUGCUCCUGCUGCUGUGCAUCAGCGUAGACCGCUACGUGGCCAUCGUCCAGGCUGUGUCGGCGCACCGCCACCGGGCCCGUGUCCUUCUCGUCAGCAAGCUGUCCUGUGUGGGCAUCUGGAUCCUGGCCGUGAUGCUGUCCACCCCGGAGCUGCUGUACAGCGGCCUCCAGAAGAGCACCAGUGAGCAGGUGCUGCGGUGCUCCCUCAUCACGGAGCACGUGGAGGCCUUGAUCACCAUCCAGGUGGCCCAGAUGGUGGUGGGCUUUCUCAUCCCCCUGCUGGCCAUGAGCUUCUGCUACCUGGUCAUCAUCCGCACCCUGCUCCAUGCACGCAACUUUGAGCGCAACAAGGCCAUCAAGGUGAUCAUCGCUGUGGUCGUGGUCUUCAUCGCCUUCCAGCUGCCCUACAAUGGGGUGAUCCUGGCCCAGACGGUGGCCAACUUCAACAUCACCACCAGCAGCAGCUGUGAGCUCAGCAAGCAGCUCAAUAUCGCCUACGACGUCACCUACAGCCUGGCCUGCGUCCGCUGCUGCGUCAACCCUUUCUUGUACGCCUUCAUCGGCGUCAAGUUCCGCAACGACCUCUUCAAGCUGUUCAAGGACCUGGGGUGUCUCAGCCAGGGCCGGCUCCAGCAGUGGUCAUCCUGCCGGCACACCCGGCGCUCGUCCAUGAGUGUGGAGGCCGAGACCACCACCACCUUCUCCCCAUAGGAGGUCCUGUGCCUGGACAGGCGGCACCUCUCCCAGGUCCCCUGGGUCAGGGACAGGGAGCAGAGGACAUGAUUCCAGACCCACAAGCUGCUGAGGGAAGGAGUUCUGGCGGCGCCCUGGAGGCAGGCCAGCCCGACCCUGCUACC